AUGGUGAGAACUCUUGGAGAGGCCUGGGCUCUUUUCAUCUUUUAUUUGCAGCUGUUUCCACGGAAAUACAAGCGCCUUCAGAGCACCUUAUGGAAUGUUGUGGAGUUGUGGGUAUGGAUGAAGGUCUGCUGCGAUUUCCUCAGCCAUCAUGGGACCUGGGGCUGGACUUACCACUAUUCUGACAAGCCCAUGAGCUGGGCCAGGGCUAGAAAGUUCUGCCAAGAAAACUACACUGAUCUGGUGGCCAUUCAGAACAGGGAGGAGAAUGAGUACUUGAACAAACACAUGCCCUUCAGCAGCACCUAUUACUGGAUUGGCAUCCGGAAAGUGGGGGACAUAUGGACAUGGGUGGGCACCAACAAGACUCUGGCCAUGGAAGCUGAAAACUGGGGCACUGGGGAGCCCAACAAAAUGAAAUUGAAUGAGGACUGCGUGGAGAUAUACAUCAAGAGGAAGAAUGAUUCAGGCAAAUGGAAUGACGAGAACUGUCGCAAGCACAAAGUGGCCCUCUGCUACACAGCAUCUUGCCAACCAGAUUCAUGCAAUAACCAGGGAGAAUGUGUGGAAGCCAUUAAUAACUAUACCUGCCACUGCAACGCAGGGUACUAUGGACCUCAAUGUCAGUUCGUGGUUCAGUGCGAGAUCCCGGAGGUACCGGAAUCUGGGAUCAUGACUUGCUUCCACCUAUUGGGGAAAUUUCUAUUCCGCUCACAUUGCAUUUUCACUUGCUCCGAGGGGUCGAUGUUGGUGGGGGCCACAGACACAACCUGUGGCCCCUGGGGAGAGUGGUCCUCACUGCCACCAGCUUGUCGCAUGACUGAAUGUGAACCUCCAACAACUCCGGAUCUGGGGACCAUGAGUUGCAGUCACCCCCAGCUCACCUUCAUCCUCACUUCUGUAUGCACUUUUGCCUGCUCAGAGGGAACCCAACUAAUUGGGGAGAAUCAAACCAUUUGUGGACCUUCAGGAAAUUGGACACACCCCAGUCCUAUUUGUCAAAAACAGAACAGAAGCUUCUCACAGAUCAAGGAUGGGGCCUAUGAGCCACUUUUCAUCCCUAUCGCUGUCCUGGUCACCGCCUUGGCUGGGUUGGCUUUUAUCAUCUGGCUGGCAAGACGCCUAAGAAAAAGUCAAAAUUCUCAGGAAAGGGGGCUGGCCUUGGGGACAGAGGCGGAUUUGGAGAUGCUGACACUACACAGGUCUCUGCCAAACCAGACACAUGGCAGAGGGCAGAAAAGGGGCAAGUUCAAGAAAAAGGCAGAGAAGAAGGGGAGUAGCUAA